CGAAUUCGUUAUCUGUUCAUUGACGGAAGUGCUGCACUCAACUCAGUCGCAUUCAAGUUCUCUUCUUGUACCACCAAGAUUGAUUAACGCUACCAAAACACCAAUUUUGCAAAGUCAAACGCUUUCAAUUACAAUUUAGCAUAAUGUUCUCUCGUUUGGCUGCCUCUUUUAGACCUCUGGCCGUCGCCAGUCGUCCUAUGACCAAUUUGCGUCCUUUAAGAUUCUACAGCGUUGCUCGACCUGAUGCUGAGCAACGAAUUAUGAAGGUUGUUUCUUCUUUCGACAAGAUUCAAGAUCCUAAGAAGGUGACCCCUACUGCUUCUUUUUCCAAUGAUUUGGGAUUGGAUUCUUUAGAUGCCGUUGAAGUUGUGAUGGCUAUCGAAGAGGAAUUUAGCAUUCAAAUUCCAGACAAGGAUGCUGAUGAAAUCAUCUCUGUUUCUGAUGCUGUCAACUACAUUUCAAAGGCUGCUGAUGCCAAAUAAACAAAGAAAACAUGUUUUUUCCUGCCCCUUGAUUGUGCAGAGCGUGUUUAGGGUAUAAAAAAAGUCUAUAUCUCAUAACGGCCACUUUUUUCGUGGUGAUUUUUGUUGAGAACGAUUAUCUUGAAAGUUAAUUUUAUUCAUUUAUUGUGAAAGUUAGCAUCUCUUUACAGUUAGAAGCUUUGUUUUAGCUGUAUGGUUUGAUUUGUUAUGUAGCUAGUAUUUUACUACAGCA